CAACGCCGUCCUAGAAACGUCGGACGUAAAUUUAAAUUUUAUGUUACGCGAUUAAGUCCCGUCGAUUAAAUUAAUGAGUAAAAAUCGUGAAAGUUUAAAUCAGUGUUUUGCAAAAUGAGACUAAUCGAAAACAUACUUCACCUGCGUAUUACUAGCCUUUGACCUCGACUUUAUCCACGAAGUAGCUAGUCGUUAAACUGCCCUGCCCCCCUGUCCUAAUACUCACCCGUGUAAACUUUCGCCCCAAACAAGAGAUCAAUCUCGGGAUAAAAAUUAUUUUUCAUAUUUCAUGCUCUGAAAGUGGGUCGUUGUUGUUCUAAAAAGUGCGCAGAAAGUGAUACGUUUCUGCUCUAGUGCAGAAAAGUGAUGUACUCCUCUGCGUCGCCGUUCCACGAGCAACUGGGUGGAAACAAAAUUGAAAAAUAGUGUCUUUAUUUCCCCGCCUGGAACAAUUGGUAUCGACAGAGCAACACACAAUGAAGUGUUCCUCGGCGUACACCAGUAUGUUCGUGCUCGUGAGCACACUCGCCUUGCUCCUAUUAGUCUCGGCAAACGCCGCGCCAAUGGAACCAGACGACGAACAAUCGGAAAAUACGCUAGUGGCCCACGACCGUAACGACAUGGACAUGUCCGGAGGGCCCUGGGACGCCGUCAAUGCCGCCGCGCUUCGUAAGCUGUUGCUCCAACUGGAUGCCGAGGAAAGGUUGGGAAUGGGACGCGUCGGACGCUCCUGGCCACAGGCGGAGCCCCGCGGCUGGAGCCGCACGCUGGAUGGGCGCCUGGUAAGGCCGUGGCGCGCGGACAAGCGCCAGGUGCGCUUCAGGCAAUGCUACUUCAACCCCAUCUCCUGCUUCCGCAAAUAAAUGGACCAGCGACAACAAACGACUCGCUUAACGCUCUAGUGUUACGGUUAAUGCUCAUUUAAACUGUUCUGGAUUAACGUCUUUCUUGUUAGGUUUUGUAUUAUUGACUGUUAUAAACUGUUUAAAGGUCAUUUUAACUAUUUUAAAUUAGCCUUAUGCUUCUCAAUAACUAACUCAACCUUGGAUUAGGCGCAGAACACAAUGGAGCUUCCCGCAGUGUAGUGCGGUAAUACGUUUCUAUAACUAUUUCGGGCCGAGUCGUUGAACCGUACAAACUUCGCAAUCGUCUGGAAGCGCCAAUCUUUGCAUACAAUUCUACAGACUUAUAAAUAAACUUGAAAAAUAAUUGUAUCAUAAUAUUAUCAUUGUGAUGCAUAAUCCUGUUGUAGUUCAAUAGUUCUAGGGUAAGUGCAGUUCGUCUAUUCUUUUACCUGUUACAAAAAUCUAGUCAUAUUUUCUCUUAUUAUAUAGUUUAAUGUUCACGUUCAACUGCAUGUAGAUAUAGCAAUACGAGAUGGCAUCACAGUAUUCGACUGAUUGGUUACGGUUAUGGUGUUCGUGUAAAUAAAUCUAACAUUCGGCAGAGAUAAGUAAAAUAUCAAGAAAAGUAAUCAAUACACAAGGUUGCAUGUAUCAUCAUUGGCUUAGCAAGUUCUCAGCCUAUCUUUCUAAAUAUAUUCAUACUGAGCUGGCUUCGUAACAUUUAUAGGACUGAGACCUAGCUAGGUCAGUGAUGCAUUCUACAACAUUUAUUAUAGAGAACGCAACCUUGUAUAAAAAUUACCCAGUCUUCGUGAUUACUUAUUUUUGCUAUUGAAAAGCUAAAGCUUACUUACUUACUUAUUUAAGUAUUGAUAAAGCCAAGGGCGUUAUUUAUUGUAAAUGUCGGAAAAUAAAGAAAAAAAAAAUGCUAAAUAGCGCAA